AUGGUAAUGAUCUGGGGUGCGUGGAAACAAGAUGGUGUGUCGCUGUCCACUACGAAGGACGAGUUCGUCGCUUCCUUGGAAAUAGCGCGCAAAAUUCUCGGCCUUCGCGAGAUGCUAACCGUGGUCGGCAUCGCGCCUGUCAUUCCGAUGAAGUUGCAUGUGGACAACCAAGCAGCGAUCAUUUAG